AUGGUUCUCUAUCUGCUCUACCCAUUUGAGUCACUAGGAACUUUAAAAAAUACAGAUGUGUGGAUCAAGCGAUUCCAAGAGCUAUCCUCAGAGAUCAAAACUGGAUCAAAACAGGAUGUCAGACGAACUGACAUCCUGACGGCAAUGAUCCAGGCUUGGCCCUUCUCCUAUCUUCCUCUUGGAACCCUGAUGAAGACUAAAGACCUAAAGAUCCUUCAGGCUGUGCUAGAAGGAUUGAAUCUGCUGAUUAAUGAGAAGGUUCGCCCCAGGAAGUGGAAACUUGCAGUACUUGAUUUGCGGAAUUACAUCGAGGAGUUGGAACUAAAUACAGGGUGGAAUUUGUUCAACCUGUCAUAUUUUGCCCUUUACUACCUGGGUGAGAUGAGAAAUCUUUGUACAUUUCUUCUCAAGCAGACCCACAAGAAUUUCAUCAACAUUGUAAAUACUUCCAGAGACACAGAGAAGAAAUGUGUCACCAAGUUCAUUUCUCAGUUCUCCAAACUGAGCUCUCUCCAGCAUAUCUAUAUGGAUGGUGUCAGUUUUCUCAGUGACCACAUGAAAACAGUUGUUCAGGCUCCUGGAGACCCUAUCACUCUCUGCCGGUUUUCACAGUCAAAUUUGAAUUCCUUGUCCCUGUGUCAGAGCCUCAGUCAGCUUAAGUACCUGAACCUGAGAGGUAUUGAAUUAUUCAAUUUAUGUCCUGUGCCUCUCCAAUUUCUCCUGAGAGUUUCAGACACUCUGCAGACCCUGGUAUCAGAGCACUGCAGGAUGGGGGACUCUGAGCUCAGUGCCCUCCUGCCUGCCCUCAGCCAAUGCCCCCAUCUCACCAAGAUCAAUUUCAAUGACAUCUCCACAUCUGUCCUGAAGGACCUUCUCCUCCAUAUGGCUGAGCUAUACCCUGCCCCUCUGGAGUGCUACGAUGAUGUGGGUCUUAUUAUCUCAAAGACCCUUGUUCAGUAUUGUCGUGUGCUCAUGGAUACACUCAGGGCUGUGAGGCAUCCCAAGACAGUCUCCUUUGCUACGUAUUUCUGCUCUGAGUGUUACAACUGCUGUGUCUAUGACAUGGAGAUGAAACUUUGUUGUUGUUGGCAGUAA